UGCUGCACACAUACCCUUGUAGAAAUGUAAAAACUUGAGCCUCCUAACCAAUGUUGCUUGGUUUUUCCCAAGGUUAACAGGGUUUUUCAUUACCUUUGCUAUCUGCUUGGGAAAGGGUGAGAGGGGAAAGCUUGCAUCUGCGCUCUUCAACAUCCUCAGAGAAAUUAUUAUGAAACUGGUUUUCAUGAACAUGUGGUACUGCCCAGUGGGCAUGAACUCUCUGAUGUGUGUGAAGAUUGCUGCCAUUGGGGACCUUGAGAAUAAAAGACAAGGUCUGUUCCUGGAGAUGGGCACUGAUGGCACAGUGAGGGGGACCCCAGAACAAACUGCAAACAGUGUGCUGGAGCUGAGGUCUGUGCGAGCUGGUGAAACGGUCAUUAGGGGAGUAUUGUCAUCUCUUUACCUGUGUGUGGACAGAACUGGACGUCUGAGGGGAGAGAGAUUGUACAUGGAGGCAGACUGCACCUUCAACGAGUCGCUGCUGGAUGGAUACACUCGUUUCUUGUCCAAGCAUCAUGGAUUUCCUGUGUCGCUGGCACCGAAGCUGCUUCGGGAUAAACAAUUCCCUCCUUUCUCCCAGUUUCAACCUCUGAGAAAUCUGCUGUCUUCGGGGAAGGAGAAAGAAGCAAGACAGAACGAAAAUGCAAAGCCAGAGCAACAGCAUCUGGAUAUUGACUCUGAGGAUCCCUUCGGAAUGGGUCUCCAGGUCUCUGUGCGUAGUCCGGGAUUCCACAGUAUGGAAUGAGGCACAGAUCCGAGGGUCAUUGCAUGCCCUUAUCUGUUUACCAGAAAUGUAUUUUCCUGAAAAAGAAAAUGUGAUGAUGUAGCAACCCGUUUGUGCUACUAGCUAAGAUUUGUAUCGUUAAAGGAUAUGGUUGUUGAGGUAAUUCAGAAACAUACUGCGAGUCCAGUGUGUCUUAGUUUAUCUUGAAUUGUAAAUAUUGCAGAUUUUUGCUCAAGAACCUUCUGCUCUUGCAGUUGUGGGGCUGUGAGUUUGCCAAGCAGAGGACUUUAAGGCGUAAUAUUCUGUGGUAUGUUCUCGGAUCUCUUGUUAUUUGAGCUGCAGUUAUUUUAUAUCCUAAUUUAUUAUGUUAAAUAUUUUUAUAUUUAACAUUUAUCACUCUUAGCAUUGCAGUAUUUGUGUUAUUGUGUCAUGUUUUCAUAUUACUUAUUUAAUCUUAUUUAAAUUAAGAGAUUGUGAGCCAUAUUUGAAUGGAUGACAUUUUAAAUAAUAAUAAUAAUUUGAGUUAUUCUGUUGUUAAUUUUUUACUUUUAAGUCUGUCCUUUUUAAUUUAAUUUACAAUAACCAUAUAAUGAUAUUUUCCAACAUUUGAUUUUGUUGAUUUUGUAGUUAAUACAUUUUUAACAAAUUUUCUUUUCGUGAAGUUAUCAUAGCCAAAUGCAGGUGUUUGUAGCUUGUAGGACAAUGAUCAAGUAUGUUCCCACCAGUGUUAAAAAUCAAAUCUACGCCCUUUGUGGUAAUUUACCUAAGUAAUGAUGGGUCAAAUAAAUGAAUGAAAAUGCACAUAUAUAUAUGCACAAUUUUAUCAAAUUAAUUUUAGCAGUAAAGUUCUUAUUCUUAUAUAAAUAAAGUAUUAUUAUUAUUAUUAUUAUUAUUAUUAUUAUUAUUAUUAUUGUUGUUGUUAUUAUUAUUAUUAUUAUUAUUAGUAUUAUUAUUAUUGUUAUAUGAAGGCAAUAAUUGCCCCAUCUUGAGGACUGAAGGCUGAAUAGUGUUUUCAUGGCUAGCAAUGAACAUGACCACUUGUAAGUCUAUAUUACCAAAACAGAUUCAUUAUUUUGUUUGCAUUCAUAUCUACUUGCUUGACUUUGUUCAUGCUACACUAGAAAAUAACAAUAUUUCUUCCUUUUUAUGAAAGUUGUUUUGGUCAUUUUUGUAAUGCUAGCAAUCUAGUUUUCAAGACCACCGGUUUCAAGUUCAAUAACAAGUCAAGCUAUUUAUAUCACAUAGCAUGAAGCAAAAGAUGGUAAUCAAUAGCUCUAUAACAAUAAGCCACUAAAUCAGGUAAAUACAUGAGUGACAGAAAAAUGUCAGUCUAACUCACCUGGACAACAAACAUUUUAUCUUAUUUCUGAAUUGCAAGUCAUUAAGAUUUGUUUUUUCUUCUAAAUCUGUGGUCUGCUAUGCUUCCUCAUGACUAUAGGUAUAGAGGCUGCAAGGUUGCUGUACAUGUACCUUUCUGGAACAGCAUGGGACAUGACUAAAUAAAUUACUAAAUAGUG